ACUUCAUUUCCCAGGUGGCGCCGCGCAGCGGGGAGGCGGUGGCCUCCGCCAUCUUGCUGUUCCCUCCCUCAGUGCGGCUGGAUUGAAUGAGCCCGCCGCUUGCUCGUCCCGCGAAGCGAGAGCCAUGUCGGGCACCCCGAGCCGCGCCGCCCCCGGCGGGACCCCGCUCUCCCCCGCCCGCAUCUCCCGGUUGCAGGAGAAGGAGGAUCUGCGGCAGCUCAAUGACCGCCUGGCCGUCUACAUCGACCGGGUGCGGGCGCUGGAGCUGGAGAACGACCGUUUACUGCUGAAGAUCUCCGAGAAGGAGGAGGUCACCACCCGGGAGGUGAGUGGAGUCAAGACCCUCUAUGAAUCUGAGCUGGCUGAUGCCCGAAGAGUUCUGGAUGAGACUGCAAGAGAGAGGGCCAAACUACAGAUUGAAAUAGGAAAGCUAAGAGCAGAACUUGAUGAAGUCAAUAAGAACUACAAAAAGAAAGAUGCAGAUUUGUCCGUGGCUCAGAGUCGCAUUAAGGAUCUUGAAGCCCUGUUCCAUAGAAGUGAAGUAGAACUCAGUACUACUCUUAAUGAGAAGCGCAGUUUGGAAGCAGAGAUUGCUGACCUGCGGGCCCAGCUUGCUAAGGCAGAAGAUGGUCAUGCUGUGGCUAAGAAGCAAUUGGAGAAGGAGACGUUGAUGCGGGUGGACUUGGAGAAUCGCUGCCAGAGCUUACAAGAGGACCUGGAUUUCCGGAAGAACAUAUUUGAGGAGGAAGUAAGAGAGACAAGGAAACUGCAUGAGCACCGUUUAGUUGAGAUAGACAGCAGUCACCAGCAGGAGUAUGAAUCCAAAAUGGCCCAGGCCCUGCAGGAUCUGCGCAAUCAACAUGACGAACAGAUCAAACUGUACAAAAUGGAGCUGGAACAGACCUAUCAGACCAAGUUGGAGAAUGCCAAAAUGUCCUCUGACCAAAAUGACAAAGCUGCCAGCGCUGCCCGGGAGGAGCUGAAGGAAGCUCGCAUGAGGAUAGAGUCUCUCAGCUACCAGCUUUCUGGCUUGCAAAAACAGGCUAGUGUUGCAGAAGAUCGCAUUCGGGAACUGGAGGAUAUGAUGGCUGGUGAGCAGGACAAGUUCAGGAAGAUGCUAGAUGCCAAGGAGAGGGAAAUGAUGGAAAUGAGGGACCAGAUGCAGCAGCAGCUUGCAGAAUACCAGGAACUGCUUGAUGUCAAAUUAGCGCUGGACAUGGAGAUCAGUGCUUACCGAAAACUUCUGGAGGGUGAGGAAAAGAGGUUGAAGCUCUCUCCAAGCCCGUCCUCCCGUGUUACGGUCUCCAAGGCUACCUCCAGCAGCAGUAGCACCAGCACUUCGGUUGUUCGCUCUUCCCGAGGCAAGAGAAAACGGGUUGAAGCAGAGGAACUUUCAGGCAGUGGUACAAGUGGAAUUGGCACUGGGAGUAGUAGUGGUAGUACCAGCGGUAGCAGUAGUAGUUUCCAAAUGUCCCAGCAAGCCUCAGCCACAGGAGGCAUCAGCAUAGAAGAGACAGACCUGGAGGGAAAAUAUGUUCAACUUAAGAACAACUCUGAGAAGGACCAGUCUCUGGGUAACUGGAGACUGAAGAGACAAAUUGGAGAUGCAGAAGAAAUUGCUUAUAAAUUUACUCCAAAGUAUGUCCUCAGGGCUGGGCAAACUGUUACAAUCUGGGCUGCAGAUGCAGGUGUGACUCAUAGCCCCCCUUCUGUCCUUGUGUGGAAGAAUCAGAGCAGCUGGGGCACUGGAGGAGACAUCCGCACAUAUCUGGUGAACUCUGAUGGAGAGGAAGUUGCAGUAAGAAGCAUCACAAAAUCAGUUGUGGUGCGGGAGAACGAGGAGGAUGAUGAAGCAGAGUUUGGAGAAGAGGAUCUCUUUCACCAGCAGGGGGAUCCCAGGACAACGUCUAGAGGAUGUUCAGUGAUGUGAAAAAAAACAUUAUUAUUUGCUAUUUUUUCCUUUCUUUCCUUUUAUUUUUGCUAUUUUUUUCCUCCAGAGCCACUGAAAACUAUUUUUAUAUGUAUCAUCUGAUUUCUUUAAAAGUUUACUCCUUGGUACAUUUUUAUAGAAAAUUUUAAUCAAGCAAAACUGCCAAGAUUUUUAAACAGAUUUCUUUAUCCUCCCCCCUAUCCACUAUUGGAAUAUUGGAUUAUUUCCCCACCAUUAAAACUUUUGUCAUAUAUUCAAACCUGCAGCAGAAUGAAUUUCAAGCUAAAAUGGGACAGGACUCCUUGAGUGUAGGGUAAAUAUUAGGGCUGUCGAUUAAUCACAGUUAACUCAUGUGAUUAACUAAAAAAAAUUAAUCGCGAUUAAUCGCACUGUUAAACAAAAGAGUACCAACUGUAAUUUAUGAAAUAUUUUUGGAUGUUUUUUAUGCAUUUUCAAAUAUAUUGAUUUCUAUAACAACACAGAAUACAAAAUAUACAGUGCUCACUUUAUAUUAUUGAUUACAAAUAUUUGCACUGUAAAAAUGAACAAAAGCAAUAGUAUUUUUCAUUUCACCUCAUACAAGUACUGUAGUGCAAUCUCUUUGUUGUGAAAGUGUAACUUACAAAUGCAAAUUUUUUUGGUUACAAAACUGCACUCAAAAACAAAAAAAUCUAAAACUUUAGAGCCUACAAGUCCACUCAGUCCUACUUCUUGUUCAGCCAAUCGCUAAGACAAACAGGUUUGUUUACAUUUGUGGGAGAUAUUGCUGUCUGCUUCUUAUUUGCAGUGUCUCCCGAAAGUGAGAACAGACAUUCGCAUGACACUUUUGUAGUGGGCAUUGCAAGGUAUUUACAUGCCAGAUAUGCUAAACAUUUGUUUGCCCCUUCAUGCUUCAGCUACCAUUCCAGAAGACGUGCUUCCAUGCUGAUAAUGCUCGUUAAACAAAUAAUACAUUAAUUAAAUUUGUGACUGAACUCCUUGGGGGAGAAUUGUAUGUCUCUUGCUCUGUUUUCCCCACGUUCUGCCAUAUAUUUCAUGUUAUAGCAGUCUUGGAUGAUGACCCAGUACAUGUUGUUUUAAGAACACUUUUUCACAGCAGAUUUGACAAAACACAAAGAAGGUACCAAUGUGAGAUUUCUAAAAAUAGCUACAGCACUAGAGUCCAAGGUUUAAGAAUCUGAAAUACCAUCCAGAAUCUGAGAGGGAUGAGGUGUGGAGCAUGCUUUCAGAAGUCUUAAAAGAGCAACACUCUGAUGCAGAAACUACAAAACCUGAACCACCAAAAAAGAAAAUCCACCUUCUGCUGGUGGCAUUUGACUCAGAUGCUGAAAAUGAACUUGCGUUGGUCUGCUCUGCUUUGGAUCAUUAUCGAGCAGAACCCGUCAUCAGCAUGGAAGCUUGUCCUCUGGAAUGGUGGUUAAAGCAUGAAAGGACAUAUGAAUCUUUAGUGCAUUUGGCACGUAAAUACCUUACAGUGGCAUGUGAACGCCUGUUCUCACUUUCAGGUGACAUUGUAAACAAGAAGUCGGCAGCAUUAUCUCCUGCAAAUUGUAAUCAAACUUGUUUGUCUGAGGAAUUGGCUGAAGUAGGACUGAGUGGACUUGUAGGCUCGUUUUACAUUGUUUUAUUUUUGAUUGCACUACAGUACUUGUAUUAGGUGAAUUGAAAAAUACUGUUUCUUUUGUUUUUUACAGUGCAAAUAUUUGUAAUAAAAAUAAAUACAAAAUGAAGAGUGUACACUUUGUAUUCUGUGUUGUAACUGAAAUCAAUAUAUUUGAAAAUGUAGAAAACAUCCAAAAAUAUUUAAAUAAAUGGUAUUCUAUUAUUGUUAAACCAUGCGAUUAACCACAACUAAUUUUUUUAAUCGCUUGAAAGCCCUAGUAAAUAUGUCAUUCUUUAACCUCAAACUGGUUUUUAAAGAACAGAUUUAAGGCAGUGUGAACCUGUACAGGGCUUUCGGAGUGCUUCCCACAAUACUGGAGUCAUGUAAGAAAAUGGUAAUAUCCUUUUGAUAUACCGAGUCUUGUAUACACUUGGAAAACUAUAACCCAGAAUUUACCACAGAUGCUUCUCCACUAGUGGAAGCAAUGAAAGAAGCUGCAGUGUAGAAAGAGGAGGCAAGAAUACCGUGGCAUUUAAGCCUGUUCCAAGUAGGACUAGAUAACGUGGUAGUAAAAACAUCUGCACCCUGUCUGCAUUAUCACUCGGUCAUUGUUAACACUGGUGGAAAAUGAUGGGUUCCAGUUAUUCUAGGGCAGGCAUAGUCUGAAUGUAAGGCGGGACCAAAGCUGAAAUUUUUCAGUUUUAUUUAUUGGGACUUUCAGUCAUGAUUGAGACCCUAAUAAGUAGUGGCUGCAAGGCUGAAAUUGUGAUGUACAGUAGCUAUGAUGAUAUGAAUCAUGAUCUAACGGAUCUGAAAUAUUUGGCAUUAAACAGAACUUUUGGUUUUAAUAUUUCAGAUUUUAGAUGUUAAAUAUUUUAUUUUUGGCUAUGAUAAAUAUUUGAUGGUUAAAAAGCAAUCGUAAAAAAAAUCACUGCUACAUUCAGUUUAUUAAUAGUUCUGUUGUAUGUAAAGAGACAUUGUCAAAUAGUUUAGGCAACAAAGUAUUUGCAAAAUGUCUUAGAAGUGUUUUCAUGACACUUGCAUUUACAAAAACAAAAGUGAGAAGUUUUUGGUUUGGGGGUAAGCAGUUUCUUGCAUUGUUUGCAGCAGAAGGUUGUCCAGCCUGACUGAAAUGCUUUAAGUAAACAAACACAAAUAAUGUAAGUAUAAUACAUAUUACAACAGAAGUAAGACAUUACUAAAAAAAAAAAUUAUUUUAUCUGGUAAUGUCUCUUUAAGCUCAGGUUUCCUCUCCUGUGUUUUUACCAGAGGUAACUUUUGACUACCAGAAGCAUUAGGAUUCAAGUGGUAGUGAACCUCUAUACACUAUGAAGUAUAAUUGACUGCUCCAAAGACUAUAUUGACUGCAAUGUAAGCAGACAUUUUUUCCCAAUAGUUGGUCAUUUGGAUCCUAUUUGAUGCCAGCAUAGAACUCUUGUAUUACGUGCACUCUUGAACUCUGAUCUUGUUGUUCAAGUAGUUUAGAUUCCUCACACAAGCUAGAAGGUUUGGAUGUUUUCGGUGGCUUUUGGACAUUAUGUUCUCUGAACAAUAUUUAGACUGACAGAUAUAACUUAGAAGGCCAGGUUAGUGGCUUUAAUUGAUGGCUUUGUUGCAAUGCAAGCAGGGUGGGAAAGAAACUGAUUUUAAAAAAGGUUAUGAACUUUUUCUCAUUUAAAAAAUGUCAGAGGUGCUAAUUUUCUGCAGGUGUUCACAAAAUGUUCACCUCAGUAAGGUGAUUUAAUUAUCACAAUUAAAUACGAGUAAAAGUAUUUAGAAUUAUAUUUUAGUCCAUUAUCAACAGUUCAUUGUGAAAAAGCAGUAAAAAGAAAUGGAUUUUUGGAAUAAUGUUUCUCUUUGUCCUUGUAUUUGGUCAUUUUUCUUAUAUUCCCACUCUGCUGAGUAGGUGGUUGAAUAUGUAGUAAAUCAUACCUAUCGCUGUAAAAUAUAUAUAGCUGAAAUUGUGUUUCUCAACCAUACCACUACCAAUUACCUUUUCUAAAUUAUUGUUAUGCAAAUGAAUGCAAUCAGAGUGAAACUGUUUUUGCAAUAUACCUUCUAGCCACUGGACUCUGUUUCCCUUUCCAACUCUGUUUUCAUGAUUUACCUUAUAUAGAAGAUACUUGGUUGUUUUUUUGUUUUUGUUUUUUUUUUUAAGCUCUUUCUCUCUAUAUAUAUAUUUUUUUUAUGUUGGCCAGUAUUCAGAGUGCUCAUUCUGCUUUGUGGUAGACUUAUUCUUUUAAUAUUUUAAAUUAUAUAGAAUAAUAUGUAGUUCAUUGAAGAAUCAGUUGGCUUUAUUUAGUGAAUUUCCUUGUAAAGUCUGGGCUAGAAGGGCAGCUUGUAUCAGAAAAGACCUCAUGUGAUCUGAGCCAUAGUUUUUGCAACACCUACUGAAUAUGAGACUAUGCCUUGCUUUAGAGUCUGAUGCUUGCAGAUCUUUACUACUGACUGUAGUGCCCUUUACCCUGAACUGGCUCACAGAAGUCAGUGGGACUGGCCAAGGUAGUGAGCUCAACAUCCCCUAGUAAGUGUCCACAGAAUUGGGCCCUGAGUUUGGAUUUGUUUCCUAUGAAACUUCCUAGAAGCUUGUUCAAAUGUCAGUGCUGGUACAGGGUUCAGAGUAGCAGCCGUGUUAGUCUGUAUUCGCAAAAAGAAAAGGAGUACUUGUGGCACCUUAGAGACUACCCAAUUUAUUUGAGCAUAAGCUUUCGUGAGCUACAGCUCACUUCAUCCGAUGCAUUUAUUUGAGCAUAAGCUCACGAAAGCGUAUGCUCAAAUAAAUUGGUUAGUCUCUAAGGUGCCACAAGUACUCCUUUUCUUAGUGCUGGUACAGAUUAACUUAUUUUGAGUUCUGCACAUGCAAGGUUGAAGAGCUUGAUGUUUUAUGGCCUUUGUUAACUGUAAUAAUCCUGCCUGAAACUGACACACAAGCUUACACCAUUAAGAAGGGCAAAAAAGGCUGCAACAGUGAUUUCUGGAUGUAAAUUGCUUCUUUGCCAUGCCAUGUUUAUGUAACAUAUGUGCUUAGGGAUGGUGGUGAUGUGGGACAGUAUAAGACUAACCUCCUAAAAGCAUCUUUGCUUUGGUGAUUGUUACCUCUGCAUUUUUCAGAAGGCUACUUAAAAUGUAAGAAGCAAUUCCUGAUUGUAAAGUGCAAGACACAGUGUAAAACUGCUGUAUUCUCCUUCUUGUUUGCAUUAAUGUGUCUAUUCUGAAAACACCACCUUUCCCAUUUAUGUUUGACUUGCUGAACAUUCAAUCUGAUUCUUCCAUCAGAUUAAAGUAGGCACUUCAAACUGGGAGCAUUUUCUGCUAUACCAGAUCUAAAGCAGCACUGUUGGGUUUUGUGGGGUUUUUUGGGGUAUUUAUUUUUCUACUUUUUUUUGGCCAAUCCCAGUAGUUAGUUAAAGCUUUGUGUUCAGACCAACUGUAGCUUCUCCCUACCUGGUCAUCUUUUUCUGUUAGAUCCUGCAGGUGAGCCAUUCAUGUUGUAUGUGGAAGUUCAUCAGAAUUUCCAUAGCAAUAGACUAAUAUUACAAAUGCAGGUUUCCUGAAGAAGGCAGAUUUGGCCUGUGAAGGAGAAUUGGCCAGUCUAAUUAUCACAAAAUAAUUAUUUUGUUCUAGCUUUGCCAAUAUAACUCAUUGGUGUGGACAUUCUAUUCAUAGAAUCAUAGAAUAUCGGGGUUGGAAGGGACCUCAGGAGGUCGAGUCCAACCCCCUGCUCAAAGCAGGACCAAUCCCCAACUAAAUAAUCCCAGCCAGGGCUUUGUUCUGGAAAUUCUAUUCUGGAAUUCAAGUCAUUUUAUUCUAAAUAGAGUGUCCACUUAAGGGAGUUACACCGGAAUAGUUAUAGCUGGUCAGUUUUCCCAUGCAGGCAAGCCGUUAUUCACUAAUAGCAAAGGGAACAGCACCGAAGAGCUGUGUAAAAAGCAUGCUAUAAAUGCCCCCUCUCCCAGGUUUGCAUAUUGUGAAGGUACUUGCAGCGGGGGAGGAGAGCAAAUCCAGCCCCCUCCUGCAUGGCAUGGCCAUAGAGGAAUCUUAGCUCCUGGUGUGACAACAUGCAGCAGGAGAGGCAUGGCUGCACAGAUCCUCCUGUCCCUCUCCUUCCUGACAAUCUGCUUCAGGUCACACUUCAGAUAUUGUGCUGCAAUAGCUUCUGGGAAAUGACAGCUCUGCCCAGGCAAUGGAACAGCCAUGAUUCCUCUCUCCCUGCACAUGCCUAGUACCCAGUCUGGCUACCUGGGCUGGUACAGGACUCUGGAUUUGCCCCUGGAAGCAUAAAAGAGUUAGAAAUGAUUUGUAGGUCUUUGAUCAGUAUUGCUGUGCCAAUGUCUGGGGGUUGGCCAGCAUAUAGCAUGCAUUCAUAGUAAGAACCAAAAAUAGUCUCAGGAAAGGGGGGAGAGAAAAGUCAGCUUCCCACAGCCUGAAAUGUAGAGGCUAGGUUAGUUUGACUCCGCUGAAUGUAAUUGCUGUUGGUUACAUUACAAUGUGAACCAGAACGUACUGUGAAGGGAAAUGAAUUCAGUAUACAUGUUUUUUGUUGAGCAACAGGGCACACACAACCCACAGCAUGUACCCAGAGGGGUUUAAUGUUCUUUAUACACUUUAAAAUACUUGCUUUUUAAACACCCCAUGUAAAAAUCCUUAAUCUGAAACCGGUUAGACAUAGUGUAGGGGUCAGAAAGUGGCUCCUAGCAAUUACUUUGCACCCUCAUCCCAUCUGAAAGAUGAAUCCUUCCUUUCGUAGUCCCCUGUAUUAAUAGGAGAAGGAUAGAUAGUACAAGUCGCAGUCUUUUAACAAUAUAAUGCAUGCCCUGUAGCCACUUACCUCACUUUCUCAGUCUUAAGCCAUUUGAUAAUUAUUCUUUCUAUAUCUAGUUUUGAAAAGCUAACCUCUGAACAGAAGGCAUGUCCAUAUUGGACACUGGCCUUUACCAUCACUGUUGGGCCCAAUUCCAAACCCCUAAGUUGGAAGGAAACAGCCUUAUAGGGACCAGUGAGUGGAAGGAUGGUUGGUGAUUGCAUUUCAAAGCAUUGCAUUAGCUGAAUGUGGAGACAAAUUGUUAGAUUUUUUUUUUUUUUUUUUUUUUACUGUCAAACUUAAAAUGGUCUGGGAAACACAAUUUCUAUUUGCCCUUAAAUAUGCUUAGCUUUAAAAUAAUUUAAAGGUGAUUUUUAUAUAAGCCCAUAUUUACAUUCAAUUAUUAUUUGUAAACAUAAUGCCUUUCUUGAAAUGCUAACGUCUAGAGGAAAAAAAAGAUGCUUACUUUUGAGAGAAUUAGUUCAAAGAAGCACAAUGCACUGUAUUGACUUUGGGUAUAGUAAAAGAAAAAUGUCUUCUAUUGAAUUUCGAAGAAUUUAUAGUCAUGAGUUCAUGUAGAUUUGAUGUAGUCUACAUGAUGUAGUCUGCUGGGUCGGACAGACAUUCUGCUGUUUUUCAGAUACCCAGAUUGUUACACUAAUAUUGCAAGCAAUAAGCUAUUUUAAACAAAGUUUAAGCCAAGAGGCUUUACAUUUGGACAAAAUGAUACUGUCUUGUUUGAACUCUAUUUUCGUAACAGUGAUGAAUUGUAAUUUUUUACCAAAGCCUUUUCAGUAGCUCCAGGUCUAGGCCACUGCUCACCUUGAUUGACAUUUCCUUGGGAAAGUUGCUGCAAAAGAGCUCUUUGAUAAUGGCUUAUUGAUUUUUUAAAUCUGCUAAUUGAAGAAGAGAGAAAUAGAAAAUGAUGGUGUGGAGCAUAUGAAAACUACACAAAGAUCUAGACUUUAUCAUUUCACAAUUUUUUGAUUUAAGAAUAUGCAUGCCAAAUGUCUCUUUCCAUGAUUUGUAAUAUACAUUUUCUGACUGGAAACUUUUUUGUACAACACACUCCAAUAAAUGUUUUGAAUUUUA